ACCUCCAGAAGAACUUGCAAGCUGGAGCUUCGUGCCUCCACUUGCCUUGACCCCAACCUUGGAGAAAGCUGCGCGGAGAAUCUCCUGGCUAGUCCACGACGGACUGACCGGAGCUCAGCUCACGCUUAGCUGGUUCUCCCGGAGAAUCCAGCCUCUUCGCUACAACGCGCGCCUGAUGUGCGCUUAUACCGGGGCGGACGAUCUUCUCCGGGUUACCCGCCAUGAUCUUCCGGCUGAUUCUCUGAAGAGAAGGAUCAAGACGCUGGUGAAGAUUCCGAGGGGCCAACAGGUCCCGGAACUGUUCAAGGAUAUCUACACGAACGAUCAGUGUCCUCCGCUCAAUACUUUGGCGGAGGACAACUUCCGCACCAUCAUUCGCGUCCCCGUUACCAGCGACACGGCGGAGGAGGCUCCGGAAGACGACGAGGAGGAAGAGGACCAGGCACCCCGCAAGGCGGCUCCUCGACCUACAAAGCGUCCCCGCGCCAAGGCUCCCGGCUCUGAAGCCGGAGCUAGCGGCGAGGCCUCCGCCAAGAAGCCAAAGACGACGAAACCACCUCCGCUUGACUCAAGGAAGGCGGAGCGUGCGCGUCUACGGAUGCUCUCGACGGCUGGCCAGGGCACACGCCCCAUCAUUCCCGGUGCCCCGAAUCCGAAAACCGCUGCCACGCGGACCACCAGCCAGGAGCCCAUCACGAAGUACAUGAAGAAAUCUCCGGCUGUUGGUCCCUCUACUCCGAUUCCACCCGGAUGA